UAGUUUGCCAUGUAUUGCCACCAAUGACAUAGUAUUUUGCGUGAGGCAGGGAUAAGAGUUGGUUUCUUGCAGUCAGAAAGCAAAAUAAUGCCAACUAAAUGAGAAAAAUAAAGCUCGGCAAUUAAUAAUGGAAAUGUCGAAAGAUUUUAUUCAAGAAAUACCGCGUACGCCGCUCACGCGAGGUGCAUGUAACUAUUUUCCGGAUGGCGUAAAAUCGAAGAGGUACCCUUACAAAUUUGGACUUGAAAGUGAUACCCCUCCAUAUUUGCUCCGAGAUUCAAGUCCAAGAACUUCCGCUCCGCUACACCUUCUAACACGACAUCCUCCGACCGCUCAGCCUCGCUCCAGACGCAGGGAUCUGUACUCCGGAAGCGAGGAACACUUCCUAGGAUGUCGAGACCGGAACAGAAAUCUUCCUUCUACGGCUGGGGCAAUUGUUAUCAACCAAGAACCACUCGGACCAAUUGCAUUAACUCGUAACAUACACGGCUUGGAAAUGUAUUCCAGUAGCGCGUUAAUAAAAGCGGAGCGGUAUCAAUUCAACAAGCCCAGCAUAUAUAGUAAUGUGGGAAAUGAAACAAAAGAUUUGAAAUCAAAGGAUCCACCACCAGUUACUGAACCGACUCCACAAUCUUCAACAUCUCCUGUCGUCUCGGAGGACACCCCAAGUCCCCCAGCACCGGAAGAAAACACUCACCCAACUGAAGAAAUCGUUCUUCCUAAAGUUGAAGAUGUACCACCAGUUGAAGUGAUUGCCCAACCAGUAGCUACUGUUGUUGAUCGUUCUUCUUUCCAAGUAUAUGUCCGAGUUAAACCGUUAGACGAGCAGGAUUUGGCUGGAAAUCCAUCCAGCCGACUAAGAAGCAUAACCGUCAGUGGAAAUGAGAGAAUUAUACUUUCAACGCGACCCAGUGCAAAAAAAGAAAAUCACGGUAGCAAAAUAUGUUUCGACUUUGACCACGUGCUGCCAGAAUCAGCGACGCAGAAAGAUGCUUAUGACGUCACAACCCACUCGCUUGUGGAGCAAGUACUUCUAGGCUAUCAUGCAUGUCUUAUUACAUACGGAUCGGCAAGCACGGGCAAAAGUCAUUCCUUAUUCGGCAAAGCAAGCAGUGGGAAAUAUAAAGGAUUGAUAAUACGUGCUGCUGAAACAUUGUUGCAUUCUAUCGAGAAGGAAACCGUAGAAAACAUCAAAUGCAAGUUGACAAUGUCUUUCAUCCAAGUUUACAACGAAAAGUUCUACGAUAUUUUGGACCCUUCUGCUACGGACAACAUACGGUUUCACGAGUUUGCCGAUGCGUCACCGCUUGAGGGGGUGACAGAGAUGCCAGUUCAGACGGUAGAUGACGUAACGAAGCAACUGCGACGAAAUCCGAACCGAGUGCGAGAUGCUGGCCGCAGUCACACAGUCUUCACUCUUCAUUACAAAAAGGAAGAAACAGACUUUGAAAAGAACACCAUCCAGGUGACCGAUGGAAGACUGGAGUUCGCCGAUUUGGUCGGAGUUAACCGGUCGACAAAGCACUCAACACAUGACGUUAGCGGGAAUAGCGCAAACGCAAAGGCGAACAAAUCACUACAAGUUUUCGGAAACGUCGUUUUAACUUUGGCCGAAUCUUCGCCACAAUCAACGCCAUACAAGGAUUCAAAGCUGACUCGUUUACUGCGUGAAGCUUUGGGUGGAAACUGCAUUACUCGUCUACUGGUUGCUGCUUCACCUUGUCCCAACUUAACUCAUGAAACUUUCUGCUGUUUGCAAUUCGCUCAGCGGGCUAUGACAGUGGUUAACCAUCCAGAAGCACAUAUUUCGUUCAAAGAAAUUCCAAUACAGAUGCCUGAAGUUCCUGGUAUUGACACUGGGGAAAAUACUGACUCCGUCCAGAUUGAAUCCAACACUUCAACAUCGCUUCCUCCAAUCAACUUGAAAUCAGGAUUCGCAACUCCAGAUCUUCCGGAUGCGGCAAAAGAGAAAAAAAGACCAUCUAAAGAUGAUCGGGAGAAAGAUAGCUCUAAAAAGAAGAAAAAGGGGAAAGGGAAGGCUUCCAUUGAAGUCCCGAUGACCGAAGGUGAAAAUUCAGGUUCACCACCUUUGUACUGGCAAAUUAACAAAGAUGGAACUAACAUUGUGUCCGGAGGUAAAGUACUCACUCUUCCCCAUAUAGACACACCGGAUGUUGCUCGUAAAGAUACAACUUCAUUAUCUGAUCUCGCAACUCUUGAGGCUGUGACUAAAUCUCGACAAAAAAACAUUGGCAAGCGGCAACAAACCAACGAAAUUACUGAUACUUCCAAAAUUUCAACAGAACAUGGUAGCUCUAGAUCCCCUACCCCACCGAAGGAAGCCUUUUCUAAAGUAAUUGAUGGAAGGCAGAGAAAUUCUGUUCCUGUUGCUCUUAGAAAAGAUGAAAGAAAGGAAGCGUUUGGUCUUCCUCCAAACUCCAGGAGUCCGCACCUUUUAAACGGAAGAAGCAACUCCCAGAUGAAGUUGAGUCGUCCUUCAUCAUCAUCUUCCACAUCAGAGUCUUCAGGAUGUUGCUCCAAGUGUAUCGAGCGAGAAGACAAGAUAAAGAACGAUUAUGAUCGGAUGAUUCUGUUUUCUAAGAAAGAUAGGGAUGCAAAACAAGCAAAGAUUACACAACUUGAACAACUAUUGGUUAAGAUUCAAAAUGAAACUGCACCAUUAUCAGAAUUCCAAGCAUUACGUGAAAAUAAAGUAAAAGAUCGCCAGCGAAUUGAGAAACUACUGGGUGAGCAGGCACGACUUGAGGCUUUGUUGGAAGGUUGUAAAAGUAAAAUGUCGCAGAUGGUUAGUUUGACUGAGGUUGCUAACCUACAAGAAUUAAGACGUAAAGAAAGUAAUGUUAUGGAAGUGCAAAAGAAAAAGAUUGAAGAACUAAGUAAGAAUUUACAAGAACAAACCAAGGGGGCCACUUUAAUGUUAGCCAAGAAAACUGAACAAAUUUCGCAACUACAAGCGGAUUUGAAAAAGUUAAAAAGUGAAACUAAGACAAAGGAACUUGAAGCAAAAUCUGCAUUCAGUGACUGCCAGAGUAAUUUAAACAAAUCGAACUUGGAGCGAGAAAAAGUGACGGUUAAAUAUGAGAAUGCUGCAAGAGAAACAAGCAUUAAGUUAAAGUCUGCACUAAAGGAAGUGGAAACGUUAAAAAAUGAACUUAAUAAGAAUAAGUUGGUUGAAAAACAACAACUUACUGGAUCGACACAGGCUACUGCUGCAGUUGUGCUCGCCACAUCUAAGUCAGAUACAGAGUUAAUGAAAGGGAAUGUAAAAAAAUCGUUUGCUGAAGUUGGUAUCAACACAGAAGAUUAUAGAGACCGAUUAAGUGGUCUUGCAUAUUAUGUUCAUUGUUUAAAAUGUGCGGCAACUCGUGCUAUGGAGUCUGGGGAGUUGGGGGAUGCCCCUGAUGUGAGAGAUGCUGAGCUAAGUAUCCUUUUAACGCAGGAUGCGAAAAAUCGAGAAGUUCUUAUACAGUUGAAAAGGGAAAGAAAUCUUUUGCGAGACGUCAUGAAAAUAAUGUACUGCCGACAAUGGUUCACAGAAGAGGGAAAACCCCAUGUAAAACGGACAUUGCGGCGAGUAGGAAUUGACACAAGAGAAUUAAAAAUAUUACAAGCCCUUCCUGUUUAAAAUUUGUAUCUGAAUAAAAAUGAUUAUAACUUAUUUGACAGGCAACUACAGUCGUUAUAACAUGGGUGUUCUUUUGUAUACCCAUGGAGUUACCACACUUUGUGUGUGAACUUGUAGUGGUUUUGUAUUUACUGCAGUGCUUCCUUAUUUAUUUAAAUCACAUUUAAACAGAAUUACUUUUUCUGCAACAUUUUGAUCAUAUGGUAUCACCUAACACAUUUAUUUUAUUCACUUUCUGAUAUGAAAGUUGUGUAUUUACAAAAAUUGUAAAUUUCUAUUUUUGGUUCUACAUGUUUGUGCCCAUUUUUAAAACCUAACAGUUAGAGAACACAAGUUUAUACUAAAAAACUAUUGAAACAAUAUACACUAUUUAAUAAUUAUGUUUAAUACAAUGUUCAAUUUGUUUUUAAAGUUCAGUUUUUGGCUGUAAUUUUUAUGUUAAAUUACUUUUUAUUUUUUUGUUCUUUUUUAAGAGUUACUGUUGAAAAUUAAGUUACCACUGUGUCACAAUAUACAUUUGUUUAUUAUAACUUGUUGCACAAAUACAAUUUAAACGUAUUUAAUAUACUCUGGUCAUUGAAAUACAUUGCAUCAUUGUCAAA